UUCUCUUUCUCUCUCUCUCCCUCUCUCUCUCUCUCUCUCUCAAACAAAACCUAUACCAAUAGCAUCUUCAAUUCAAACUAGUGUAACCAAUUUCAAUAUUUUUCAUGGAAUUGAAAGCAAGUGUAACUAGCAACUCAAACAUCACCACCAUGCUCCAAAGUGAUGAUGAUGAAAUGGAUCUUCGAAGAGGUCCAUGGACUGUUGAUGAAGAUCUUGCUCUCAUCAAUUACAUUGCAACUCAUGGUGAAGGUCGUUGGAAUACCCUUGCACGUUCAGCUGGACUCAAACGAACUGGCAAGAGCUGUAGAUUGAGAUGGUUGAAUUAUCUUCGACCGGAUGUUCGUCGUGGUAACAUCACACUCGAAGAACAACUUUUAAUUCUCGAGCUUCAUAGUCGUUGGGGAAAUCGAUGGUCGAAAAUUGCUCAAUAUUUGCCGGGAAGAACAGAUAAUGAGAUAAAAAAUUAUUGGAGAACUCGAGUUCAAAAGCAUGCCAAACAACUUAAAUGUGACGUCAAUAGCAAACAAUUCAAAGACGCCAUGCGCUACCUUUGGAUGCCAAGACUAGUGGAGCGGAUCCAAGCGGCCGCGUCCACUUCCAGCGCCCCAGCCUCCGUCUUUAACAACGUUUCUCCAAAUAUUACAACAGCAGCUCCGAACAAUAUGACGUAUAAUCUUAACGACAAUUUUAAAGUUCAUAGUUCGAACGCAAACAUGAUGUUAGCUCCAACGACCAUGAACACCAACAAUUUAUGUAGUCCGCAUGUAACACAAAGUUUUACACCGGAAAAUAGUAGCAACGGCGCGACGGCCGCAUCAUCGGAUUCAUUCGGGACACAAGUUUCGCCGAUCUCGGAUUUGACUCAAGACUACUACAAUGUCCCUAUUGGUGGUAACAACAAUAUUAACCCUAAUUCUGAUUAUUACCAACAAUCUCAUCAAUUUGGAUUUUCAGAUUGCAUCACUAGUCCAUCAGGUUUGUUCCCUCAAAUGGAUUUCAAUAAUUCCAUGGAACCAAACACACCUUGGAUUCAAGGGGACACAUCCGACAAUUUCUGGAAUGUUGAAAACAUGUUGCUCUUUCAACAACUCAAUGACAACAUGUAAAAAAAAGAAAAGAAAAAAAAAAAGAGUGUUAUCAAUUAUUAUGAAAUAUAUUUUACAGAUCAUGAUAAAGUAAUAGAAGUAGAAAAACGAGCAAAUAGAAUAAAUUCAUAUGUAGGACACACAUGUAGAUUUAAAAUUAAGGAAUAUAAGAACAAAGAAGAAAAAUGUAAAUUAAUUACGUAUUUUUUUCCUUUUUGUUCUUUAAUUUUCCUUAUUUUAAUUAGAGGAGUGUGGAAAAUAUUUGUACUUUAAGCUUUCUUUAUGUAAGAUUUCAUUCUUUAAAAUUAUUAAACCAUAUUCUAUUAUAUUU